UGUUCUUUCUUGGGUGUUCUUUUGUUUUUAUCAAUGACUGAGAUACAGUGUUGAUUGCCUGUCGGUGGGUGGGUUUUGUUUCUUAAUAAAAUUAAAUAUUAUCGAUCAAGGCUAAAGUUUGAUUGGGUUGAGGGAACCUAUAGAGGGAAAAAGAUCCCAAAAUGAAGCUUAUCGUGGGCGUAAUGGAAGCUAGAAACAUACCCGCCAUGGAUAUAAAUGGGUUCAGUGAUCCCUACGUGAAGCUUCAGCUUGGAAAACAGAGGUACAAAACCAAAGUGGUGAAGAAGACAUUGAAUCCGAUUUGGGGUGAGGAAUUUAGUUUCAAGGUGGAGGAUUUGAAUGAGGAGCUGCUAAUCUCUGUCUUGGACGAGGAUAAGUACUUCAAUGAUGAUUUUGUUGGGCACCUUAAAGUCCCCGUUUCCCAGGUUUUCGAUGCUCAUAACAAAUCUCUUGGCACCGCUUGGUAUGCACUUCACCCUAAGAACAAGAAGUUGAAGAACAAGGAUUGUGGUGAAAUACUUUUGAGUAUCUAUUUUUCCCUAAACAAUUUGAAUUUUAACGGUGAUCCUGCACCGACAUUUAGGAAGCAUGAAGACAUGGCUAGUAAUGAUCUUUCUAGGUCUUUUAGUGGUUCAUCGAACUCGUCUUCUCCGCCGAGACAAGAUGAUAAUAUGUCUUCCAAGGAAGAGAAAUCAUCUGCACAGAAAUCCCUAGCAGGUCGAAUCACUCAAAUGUUUAAUAGAAAUGUUGACACUGCUUCUACUACAUCCAGUAGGGGUACUGAUUUGACAGAGAUACCUGAAAUUUGGAGUGCUGAUAUUGUCGAUAACAAGUCUGAUGAUGAGUCAUCUUCUUUUGAGGAAGCGGUUGAAGCGCUGUGCUCGAGAGAUCAGGGGAGCGAAGUUCCAAGUAAUUUACCUGGAGGAGUGCUUCUAGACCAAUUGUAUGUGAUUGCACCGAAAGAACUAAACUCUCUGCUUUUCUCACCUGAUUCAAAUUUUCCUAGGUCAGUAGCAGAGUUGCAGGGAUCUACUGAUCUACAAUUUGGACCUUGGAAAUUUGAGAAUGGUGGUGAGAGCUUGCAAAGAAUUUAUUCGUACAUCAGGGCUCCGACCAAAUUAAUUAAAGCUGUGAAAGCCACCGAAGAGCACACAUAUAUAAAAGCUGAUGGGAAGACUUUUGCUGUUUUAUCAGUCGUGAGCACUCCCGAUGUUAUGUACGGGAGCACCUUCAAAACCGAAGUGCUGUACUGCAUUACUCCUGGGCCUGAGCUUCCAUCUGGAGAACAAUCGUCCCAUUUGGUGAUUUCAUGGAGAACGAACUUCUUGCAGAGCACCAUGAUGAAAGGUAUUAUAGAAAAUGGAACCCGACAGGGUUUAAGGGAAAGCUUUGAGCAUUUCACUACUCUACUGGAGCAGACUAUUAAGCCAGUUGAUCCAAAGGAUCUCGGGUUGAACAAAGAACAGCUUUUGGGAUCAUUGCAGGCUGAACCUCAGUCAGAUUGGAAGUUGGCAGUCCAGUACUUGGCUAAUUUUACCAUAGCUUCCACAGUUUUGAUGAGCUUAUAUGUAAUAGUCCAUAUCUGCCUAGUUGGACCUAGUACAAUUCAAGGACUCGAGUUCGUUGGGCUUGACUUGCCUGAUUCAAUUGGUGAAUUGAUUGUGUGUGCUGUUUUGGUUCUUCAAGGUGAAAGGGUGCUACAGUUAAUCUCACGCUAUGUCCAUGCCAGAGCACAGAAAGGGAGUGAUCAUGGAGUGAAAGCGCAAGGGGAUGGAUGGUUACUAACAGUUGCAUUGAUCGAGGGGAGUAAUUUAGCCGCUGUAGAUUCCAGCGGCUUUUGUGAUCCAUAUGUGGUGUUCACGUGCAAUGGGAAAACUAGAACCAGCUCAAUCAAGUACCAGAAAUCUGCACCCCAGUGGAAUGAAAUAUUUGAAUUCGAUGCUAUGAAAGAACCUCCUUCCGUAUUGGACGUAGAAGUUUUUGAUUUUGACGGGCCUUUUGAUGAACCUACAUCUUUGGGACGUGCUGAGGUUAAUUUUGUAAGAUCUAAUAUAUCUGAUCUAGCUGAUGUGUGGGUUCCUCUGCAAGGUAAGUUGGCUCAGGCAUGCCAGUCUAAGUUGCACUUGAGAAUUUUUGUGGAAAAUACGAGAGGUGGAAAUGUAGUUGCAGAGUACUUAAAAAAGAUGGAGAAAGAAGUGGGGAAGAAGAUAAAUGUGAGGUCCCCUCAAACAAAUUCAACCUUUCAGAAACUCUUCGGGCUUCCUCCAGAGGAAUUUCUCAUCAACGAUUUUACCUGUCAUUUGAAACGGAGAAUGCCUCUGCAGGGUCGCUUGUUUUUAUCACCAAGAAUAAUUGGGUUUCAUGCCAAUUUAUUCGGCCACCGGACAAAAUUCUUCUUCCUUUGGGAAGACAUUGAAGAUAUUCAAGUUUUCCCACCUACUCUGGCAUCAAUGGGCAGUCCAGUUAUUGUUGUGACUCUCCGUCCAGGAAGAGGAAUGGAUGCUAGACACGGUGCAAAGACUCAAGACGAGGAAGGCCGGCUAAAGUUUCAUUUUCAGUCUUUUGUAUCUUUCAACAUAGCUCAUCGAACAAUCAUGGCUUUAUGGAAAGCCAGAGCCUUGAGCCCAGAGCAGAAAGUGCAAAUAGCUGAAGAAGAGUCCGAGUCAAAAGGCCUCCAAUCUGAUGAAAGUGGAUCUUUCUUAGUCCUCGAGGACGUCUCUAUGUCUGAGGUUUAUUCGCGUUCUCUUCCUAUUCCCAUCGGUUUCGUCAUGGACUUAUUCAGUGGUGGUGAAUUGGAAUAUAAAGCUAUGAAGAGAGCCGGCGGUCUCAACUAUUCUUGCACUCCAUGGGAAUCAGAAAAGCCUGAUGUGUACGAGAGGCAAGUAUAUUACAGAUUCGAUAAGCAUGUAUCCGGCUAUAGAGGAGAGGUGACUAGUACGCAGCAGAAAUCCCUACUUCCCGACAAAAACGGCUGGCUUAUCGAAGAAGUUAUGACUCUCCACGGUGUUCCACUCGGGGACCAUUUCAAUCUUCACCUUAGAUACCAUAUCGAGGACUUACACUCAAGAGCAAAGGGAUGCCAGGUGCGAGUAUUUUUCGGAAUCGCGUGGUUGAAAAGCACAAAGCAUGAAAAACGGAUUGCCAAUAACAUCUUCUCGAAUCUAGAAGGUCGCCUGAAGGUGAUAUUUGGUGUCGUUGAGAAGGAAUAUACCUCAAGAUAGUAUGUGACUGGCAUUGCUGAUACAAUUUCCGAUUGACUGCAUUCUUUGGUUUGUUUUCUUCGGUGCGUAUUACGUUUGUGAAAAUUAGAUUUAUCCAGAUUUGCAGCACAGCUGUGAUCUGCACGAGUAUCUCACUCAAAGUUGAACCGAAACUUUUGCUCGAAAGCGAAUGCGAAAACUGCUGGUUGACAGCUUACUCGGCUUUAACUUGUUUUUAGAAUGUAGCAGAGUUUAAUGCUAGUAGCGACCGAAUCCCCUCGUCGAAGCAGCCUUUUAAAGUUACGGCCUUCAUAAAAUCUAGGUGUGUUAUGGCUGCUUUAACCAGAACCCGGCCGGAGAUACGCCUCCGUUGUUCUUUGAACUGUUUUUGUAAGAUUAUUGAUUAUCAUUGUAUUCUAAAAACCGGAACGGAAUUGCGAAGAGCAACCGAUAACUGUUGUUUAU